GACGUAGUGCGCGUAGUAAUAUCGCGUUGUGAAGACCGUAGUCGUAGCAGACAGCAUUUAGGGACACGUAUCCAAAAAUACGUCGCUUUACGGCAGCGAAGACCUCCACAAUUUUCACUCAUUGCGGGUGAAUUAAGACCGUCUUCGAAAGGCGUUUGAAAUCGGACACCGCUGGCGUUGAGGGCCUCACUCUGCGCGCGGAGGGAUACGUUGUUGCGUCUGACAAUGUGGACGGAGGAGGUGAAGAUGUCUACGAGAAGAAUGAAAUCAUCUCCUCACUUGUAACAGGGAAGAAAGGAGGACGACGCGAGGUUAAGCGAGUAGAAUAGAUUUGUUUGCACACAGACUCGAUACACUGGAGCAAACACGUGGAGGCGGGCACUUGAAGAGCGAGCUUCCCGGGACAAAGAGGGGGAGAAAGACGUUCCACGGCGCUUCAAUGCGUCUGGUGCGCUGAGCUCGAAAUUCUCCUCAACUUUUAUGUUUCCCCCCCUCGCCGCUCUCCGCUUUUUCUUCGCCGCUCUUGGAUAGCCGACACCCGCGGAGGAGAGGGUUUGUUAGAGACGGAAGGUUAUGACCGAGCAGCAGCAAAGAAUGGCUGCAGUGGGAACUGACAAGGAACUCAGCGACCUUCUGGAUUUCAGCGCGAUGUUCGCGCCUCCCGUAGCGAACGGCAAGAACAGAACAAUGACUCUCGCCAGCAGUCAGUUCAGUGGCUCAGCACUAGAUGAGCGCAGCAGCUCUGGUUCCUGGGGUUCGGCAGAACAGAACAGUCCUUCUUUCAGCCAAGGACGGGGCUAUGGAGAAGGUUCCCACUACAGCGAACAUGAAGGCUUGGCCUCUCCUUUCAUAAGUUCGGGGAUUGCAGGUAAAAGUGAGCGGCCAUCGUACUCUCCCUUUCCAAAUCAGCCUGGUUUCCUUCCAAGUGAAAUUGCGAUGCCCAGCCCAGAUGCCAUGUCCCCCUCUGGCUUAAAGUCAGGCUCCCAGUUUUACCAAUCCUACCCAAACAAUCCACGAAGGAGGCCGACUGAUGGCGGCUUGGACUCCCAGCCAAAGAAGAUUCGGAAACCCCCAGGCCUUCCUUCCUCGGUGUACGCGUCCACAUCCGGGGACGAAUAUGCCCGAGACAAUGGAGGUUAUCCUGGUGGAAAGCCUGGUGCCGUUUACCCUGGCUCUUUCUACAUGCAAGAAGACCUCUGGUCAUCUACCGGCUACUCGGCCAUGCUCGGUAACUCGCCUCACAUUGGACCACCAGGCUCCUUCUCAUCGUUAAACCCACAGGACAGGAUGAACUAUCCACUGCAUGGCAGCGAAGUCAACGGCUUCCAUGCUGCGCCCACCACCUACAACCACACGCCCGCCAUCAAUGGAGAGGCAAUUAUGGCAGGAAACAGAGCCACAACAGCCGGCAGUUCUGGUGAUGAAAUCGGAAAGGCUCUCGCCUCGAUUUAUCCGUCGGACCACAACAGUAAUAACUUCUCCUCAGCUCCGUCAACUCCGGGGUCUCCUCAAGCUAUUGCAGGAGCUCAGUCCCAAUGGCAAAGACCAACCACACCCAAUUUUGAAGGGCAACCACACGCACUGCAAAGUAAAAUGGAGGAUCGUUUGGAGGAGGCCAUCCAUGUGCUGCGGAACCACGCUGUGGGCCAAGGCCCUGGCUUAGACGGUGCCCACCCCGACAUGCAUAGCCUUCUGUCCGCAGUACACAACGGGGGCCUUGGAUCCCUCUCUCCAGCUUUUCCCAAUGCCAGCCUCGCUCUCAGCAACAGACAUCCUGUGAUGGGAGGGAAACACGAGGAGCCUACUGGCCUUCCGCCCAGCAGCACGCUUCUGCACGGUCAUCACGCUUCAGGGUCCACGCCGUCCGUUGGCCAGCCAGAAGGGUUCACCAGUCUUCCUGGUGGGAUGACACGCUCCACACACUCCUCCAGCAGCUCGGACAUCAAAAGAGAAGACAAGGAAGAGGACGAAAACUCCUCUAACGCAGACAAAUCCGACGAUGAAAAGAAGGAUUCCAAAGCAGCGCGUAGUCGAACAAGAAAGGAGGCGUUGACCCUCCAGAUGCUCUCUAGCCUUUCAGACCCGAAAGAUGACGCCUUCAACGCGCCAUCUCCUUCCAGCCAGGACAAUGAAGACGACGAGGACCUACCGCCUGAGGUGAAGAUGGAGCGUGAGCGGGAACGGCGAGUGGCAAACAACGCUCGCGAGCGCCUGCGAGUACGGGACAUCAACGAGGCGUUCAAGGAGCUCGGGAGGAUGUGCCAACUGCAUCUCAGCCACGACAAACCUCAGACCAAACUUCUUAUCCUGCACCAAGCCGUCAAUGUCAUACUGAAUUUAGAACAACAAGUCAGAGAGCGUAACCUGAACCCCAAGGCUGCGUGUUUAAAGCGUCGUGAGGAGGAAAAGGUGUCUGGCGUGGUGGGUGAUGCGCCCAUGCAGCUCUCAGGAGGCCAUCCGAGUAUUGGAGGAGAUGGCCACAAUUCAGUUGGUCACAUGUAACAUCAGAUGUGGUGGUGUAUCCUUGGCUCUCAGAGGAUGUGGCCUUAACAGAUUUCUUCCACUUGUUAACUCUCAGUGUGCGCGCGCAUUUGUGGACAUGUCUGUAUAGUGUCCGUUCAAGUAUCAAGACACAUGCCACACAACUGCCAAUAUGGACACAGCCUGUUUGUCGCACUCCCAACAAGACUACAAGCUCAAAUGUGAAGAACUUUUUUUUUUGUUUUUGUUUUUGCUUACACACACAUAUAUAUAGCUAUAUAUAAAUAUAUAGCUGUAGAAGAAAAAUCCUUGAUAUUUUGGUUUCCACAAUACAAUUAAACACCGGACUACCCUCUUCUUUCUUUGGUCCUGCCACAAUUAGGGACUUUUGACACACUGCCGAGAGUUGCUCUCUUGAGAGAAAGGAAGAAUGAACACAAAUUGAAUCAAGGAUUUGUGCCUCAAUGUUACACAAUAUUUUCUAUUUGACAUUUAAGCAAAUUGCUUUACAUGUGAGGAACAUUUAUUGUGAGGGAUUGCUUAUGUGUAUGAGCAAUUAUUUUUUAAUGUAUGUCAUUCCCAGUGUGAUGGUACAGUCUUACAUAUGUUAUGUAACCAAGCCCGUAGUUGAAUUGCCUAAAUUCAGUGACAUUUUUUUGGUUUGUUGAUGAGGCCAUAAAAUGAAAACGUGGCCAUUUUUGGACAGUUCAGAUGCAGCGGUCUUAAGCAAGGAUCGCGUCAAUCCAACAAGGCAUCUGGACACCUUGGAAUUAAGAACUCUUAAUUCCUGGAAGUUUAACAAUUGUCACCACUAAAGAGUUCUUCCUCAUUUUCUUUUUUUUUUUUUUUUUUUUUUGGGACAACAAAUUCAAAUGUUACAUUGUUGUCAUGACUUCAGGUGUCUCUACUGCUUUGCUACUAAAGCGCACACUCAAGACAAAGCACAGUGGUGUAAAUGUGUCCAUUUGGGUGGGAAAAAUACAGACGAAGCUAUUUUAGUUAGGGGCUUCUUAGAAAUGGCUCACCGACAACGCCAGCAGACUUGACGGCUUCGGUUUACCUGCUCCCCCAAAUUGAUACUCUGGAAAAAAUGUCAAAACAUCUUUUUUUUCUUCCGCGGAGGGAACUUUUGGUCAGACCACCUUUUUUUUUGGCGUCACGGAGGCUUUCUUUUCCAGAAACGAGCAUUCCCACUGAAUUCGUGCCACUCGCCUUCCUCCUUUCUCCUCUUAGCGAGAAAAGUGUGACGUGUACAUUCACUCCGUACGUUACUCUUUAUGCGUUUCAUUUUCAAAAAAUUUAAAUAUAUAUAAAAAUAUAUAUUUUUUGUUAGCCUAUACAUUGUAGAUUUUUUUACAUAAAUGGCAAUAUUAGUUUGAAGUUUAGCGUGUAUUGUAGAUGAACUUUACAAGGGGAUGUCGGAAACGAAAUUGAAGUGGGGCGGUAGAGAAAAAAGGCUGGUGAAGGUUUUUAAUUCCUCUUUGAGUUGAAGAAGGCUACUCGGAUGAAUUCUUUUCCUUUUUUGGGGGGGGGGGGGGCACACAGAGGAUAAAUGUGGAGUCGGUGUGGAUGAACAGUAAUUAUGCAACUGGUUCUUUGAAUGUAGCCGCCAUACUUAAUGUGGAUCGCCUUCAUGUGUCAAUGAAUUGUUUUUUUUUCCCAUUUCACCCUUUUAGUCCCCGACUGCUCGACACCCGUCUGUCGGAGGCAGAAACGGGCCAUUUUGGUGCCAGGUCAUGGCUAACGAGGAGAACAAAUCAGUGUUAUUGUGAUGUUAUUCCCAUGUCGUGUCAUGUUUUCAAUGUCUCCUACCGACAUGUAAUCACAGAUGGCUGGUAGAGCGUUUUGUGUGCUAUUUUUUUGUUUUUGUACAAGAAGCGACGAAGAUGAAGAAAAAGAAGACCUAUACAAAUCAACAGUGUGGCCUUUUCAUCCUCAAGACUUAACGAUGUCAUAAAGGGAGCGUGAUACCUUAUCAGUGCCUGAAAUUGUAUUUUUCCAUUUACGUUUGUCAACCAUAUCAUUUCAUUUAUCAUGGAGAUUAAAAAGAGGUACUUGUUCAUUCCCCCACCCUCCCAUCUCCUAAAUCCUUUUUUCAAUUUUCAGGAAGAAGUUUAAAAAUCGUAUAAAAGAUUUUUUCUUUCACUGUAUCUAGUUAAAAAAAUAAAAAAUAAAUAAAUGUUACGUAGAUCUUGUUUAGCUUUAUUGCUUUUGCUGUCUAACUGGAUUCUAUUUGUCCAAACUGCUGUUUCAUGGGUCCAGGUUUUAUCAACAUUUGGCUUUUGGCACACAAGGACAUGCUUUUUUUUUUCUUAAAUAGUAGGGAGUGUUUUUGUUGAGUUAAACUUUUACAUUUAAAGUAGGUUUUUUAAAAGCUGCCAGCAUUUUAUGUAUUUGCUUAAUGUCACAUUUUAACCUCUGUUAAACUCUGGGGGAUAAACAGUGAUCUUAUGUUAAAGUAUUCAAUAAGAUCAAUAGGUUGACUUGUUUUUGCUGUUUCAAGAUAAGCCAUUGAUAUCGAUAGACAUCCAAUUAAUUUAAACUGGGAGGACUGGCUGUGAAUGCUCAGCUUUCAAUACCACUCUACCGUCAUAAAUUUUAAAAAAAAAUCUGGCUUUGAUUCCGUUUGAAAAGAGCAAAAAGUUCCUCAGUUCACUGCAUUGUUCAAAAUGCCAUACAUGGACUACUUAUGUUAUAAGGUGUUACUUUAUUUUCCUUAUUUUAGAGCAUCAUUAAAAGAUAUUAAGACACUGCCCCGUGACAUCUUGUGUAGGUGGAGGGAGGACAUAAUUGACUCCAGCAGGGCCCCACCCCCAGAGUGCCUCGAUAUAAAUAAAUAUAAAUAUAUAAAUAUAGUUGAGAGCUGUCUUGUAUAUAACAGUAAUGUAGCAAUAAAUGUUCCAUUUUUAAUAACAGAUUAUACCUUUUUUCCUAUGUCUGUUUUUUGGAAAUUGUGUACAUUGAAAAGGAAAAAUAAAGAAAAACAUUUAACAA